AUGUCAGAAUCGGAAAGCGAAAUCGAACUCUCAUUGUCUGCGCACGCUUUAGCUGCGCUUCAAGAGUUCAAGAACGAAGAGGAAGAAAGAGAGAAUAGAUUUAAACAACUUUACGAUGAAGCUCAGAGGAAAUCUGAGCUGCAGAAGGGGAUGGAUUUGUUUAAAGAAGACUGGCAGCUGUCGCAGUUUUGGUACAGUGAUGAAACCGCAGACAUUUAUGCCGACGCCAUGUUAGAAGGCGCCGACGAAAACACGGUUAUUGUAAUCAUCUCCGCACCUUCCGUGUUUGCUGCAAUUUCCAAAAGAACUGCCUCCACUCUUCCAACUAAACAUAUCCACCUUUUCGAGUAUGAUACAAGAUUUGAGGUUCUCGCAGGAUCAGAACACUACCACUAUUAUGAUUACAACGAGCCUCUAACAUUUCCGGACUCUCUGAAAGGCAAAGUCGACAGACUUGUCAUCGACCCUCCUUUUUUGAACGAAGAUUGCCAAAGUAAAUUUUCUAUUACCGCCAAAGCCUUGCAAAACCCAAACAAGCGAGCUAAGACUGCGAGUGGUAACUUUCAGCAUCGCACUAUAUGUUCCACGGGAGAACGUAUGGCUGGAGUGCUUUCGGAACUUUAUCCUGACUGUAAACUUACAGAUUACUAUCCCAAUCAUGCAAAAGGCCUAAGCAACGAGUUUAGAUGUUAUGCAAAUUUUGAAUGGAAUGAAUGGAAAUACAUAUAG